CCAUAUAUGAUUCAGCAAGCUGAAUUAAGCUUCCGUCUAUGGCGCAUGCGCUCGAGUUUGCGCAUGCGUGUUUGCGUAAAAGUCAACAUUCACAACGUCAACUAUUUCUGUUACACCGGAUGUUGAACCAUAAAUACGGAGUACGGAAGAAUUUAGCUGCGUUUAGAGUGCACAGAUCAGCGCCAUGUCUGGGGAUUUGGAUCUGUCGCCGCCGGAGGUUCCUGAGCCCACUUUUUUUGAGAGUGUUUUACGCUAUGGCCUGUUUCUGGGAGCAAUUUUUCAACUCGUCUGCAUUUUAGCCAUAAUCAUACCCACCUCCAAGAGCCACGAUCAGGAAGAGACUUCAGAACCAGUUGAACCGAAAACCUCUGAGCCAAGCAGAAAGCCCAAAGCACCUGCGCAACAAAUCCGGCAAAAACUGAAAAAGGAGAGCAAGAAGAAAAGAUAAGGCUGCCUGUGUGUAAACACGUGUGUGAGAACAUGACAUUUCGGUUUUGUUUUAUGACAGAAAAUAUAACACACAGACAAAACACUAAAGUAAGACACUUUCACAUGGACCACCCAAACUAAACACUAAACCUGACCUGACCCUGCAGUAGAUCUACAACAGUAAUCAUAUUUACACUAAUACAUACUUCAUUCAUUCAUUAGCUUACUGUUAUAAGCCCGGUGGAUAAAACCUUAUUUUGUAUUUGCAUAUUUUAAACAAUCAUUUUGUAUGUAUUUGUGUAUCUGUAUAAUAAAUUUGACUGUUUUGGACCAUU